AUGACGCUCAAAACAUUCAAAAUGCCAAUGGAUGAAAGGGACUUAAAAAUGUUUGGUACCUUUUUGAACUUAUUUAAAGAGAGAGUGAACCUGCUUCAAAUAAAAAGCAGAACUGAAAUCAUGGUGCAGAAGAAGAACAUUACCUUUUUUCUAUUAAACUCAAAAACUGAGAAAGCCCAUGAGAAUAUCUGCCUAAUGCUUCGAAAUGAAAAUAUUUGUGAUAUAUGUAACAAGUUGAUUAGUCUAUGUAACGAAUCAACAUCCCUUGCAACAUUGAGCAAUCCAAAAAAUGAAAAUAAAAAAAAGCUAAAAAAAUGCAUAAGAAAUAUUUUGUACAGUGCUGACAAACUAAAUAUUAGCAAUACACAAAAUGUAAGAACUCAUUUUAUAAAACAUUUUGGAAAAGAUUUUAUUGAACAUGUUGAAAUGGAUUAUCUACUACUGGACAGAUAUGUAUAUACCCUUAUUAAUAAAUACACCUUUUCCCAUAAAGAGAUUGCAGAAGUUCAAAAUAACUUUUAUUUCGAAAUGCACAUACCAAUAAAUUAUCAGGCGGAUCAAUGUGUUUGUAAAUUUUGCAACUUCCCACAAAAUGAUGAUAUUCUUCAUAUGGUGAGAAAAAAGGACAUACUUCAAAUCGUUAACGCAUAUUCUACACAUGCAGAGAGUGUUCACGAUAAUGAGAAAAAAAAAAUAUUCAAAGAAAUGGAGAAUCACUUAAUACAAAAACUUAAUAAGACACUCUUGGGAGGAUAA